AUGCUUGCUGCUCUUUACGGAUCCGAAGAUUUCGUACGUGGAUUACUUUCUUGGGAUUCAAGCCCAAAACAAGUGGAACUUCGAGGAAAUGUAUACAACAUCAAUGGAGAUUUAAUCAAUAACGUCACUGCAUUAUGGUGUGCUUUAGAUCAAGGACAUUAUGGCGUGGCAUCUAUUUUGAUCAAUGAAGGCAAGGCCGAUAUAUACUGUGGUCCGAAUCAUUCACUGUUCGAUUAUUUCAUUGAGACUGGACGACUCGAUGUUAUACAAUUUUUAGUUGAGAAUGAUUAUGCCACGACGAAAAGACAAAAAAUAACUAAUGACUCUCAUUAUCUUUAUCUUGACUUGGCUGCUAGUUUAGGUCACACAGAUAUUGUAAUUUAUUUUCUUUUAAAAGGCGAUGAAGAAGACAUCAGACAAAGUAUCGGUGUGAGCAGUGCCUUACAUCGAGCUGCUGAAAACGGCCAUUAUGAUUGUGUACGAGUUUUAUGCAAUGCUGGUCUUUCUCCAAAAACAAAAAAUUCAAAUGGAAAAACAGUAUUGAGAUUGGCAGCUGAAAAUAAUCACUCGAGUAUCGUUGAUUUUUUAUUGGGAUACAAUAAUGAUGAGGCCAGUUUCAAUGAGCUCGAAUUAUUAGCUUCUUCAUAUAUGAUCUCAGUUUGGCAUUUCGACGAGCGUGAACCAUCCGAUCGAAUGCGUACUUUAUUAAAACAGUCACUCAUAAAGCGUGUCUUGCUGAAUAUCCCAAAAGAAGUUGCGCAACCGAUUUCAGCCUAUGAAUUCCAGCAAGAAUGUCAAUCGAUCGAUGAAUUUGAUCAGAUUCAACAUAAUGUUGAUCGAUUGUAUCUUGAGGCAUUACUCAUUCGAGAACGUAUUCUUUUACCAGAAAAGGAAGAAACAUUCUUUUCACCAUUAUAUCAACGAGGAUUCGUACUUGUUGAGCGAGGUGAAUUCUAUCAAUGCUUCAACCUGUGGUUUCACAUUUUUCAAUUGUAUCAACGAAUGGAAUUGGAAACUAAUCUUCAAAGUUUCGUUUGGCUUUUCUGUCGAAUGCUCGCUGCUGGAAUACCCAUUCCUGUUGAUCAAUUCUUAGCAAUAUGUUAUCUCACCUUCCAAUCAUCACAACAGAAGUUCACAAACGAAAGUCUAGCAACAGCUUUAUGUCUCGUAGCAAUUGCAACAAAGCUCCUAGAACAAGACAUUAUUGAUAGUGCCGAGCGUCAUUCAAUUUCUCAGUGGAUUCAAUAUCUAUGUCGUGAACAACCGAUCACAGAAGACAGUGAUCAAACACUGCUCCAUCUGAGUGUCAGCGAUCAAACAUCAUUUGAUCUAUUGCAAUAUAUGAAACUUAUUCAAAUACGUUAA